AUGCUGCAUGAUUCCUCAGAAGAUGAUGGCGACGGCCCCGAUACUGAAAAAGACCCAAUUGUUCAACAACAGGUGUCUAUAACUCGUCCAUUACCUCUAUCGAUUCGAUCAAUAACACCAAAUCCAACUUGUCCGAAUUCUACUGUUAGUUCACCAGCAUUACAUACAAAAUCACAUCAUGGCGAUCAUAUACCAUCAUCAUCUAAAACUUCACCAAUGCCAUCACAUCGAAUAUUUCAAACGAUGCCAACGACUUCAACAACUGAUUCACCAACUAUAUCCGUACAUCCAUCAACUACUACAACUUUUUUUCAAGAUACUAGUCAAUCAAUAGUACCUAUUAAAACCGAUACAAAUAGUUUAAGAAGUGCAGAUUCAACAACAUCUUCAGAAGAACCUCUACAUCCAUCAUACUUAACACAACAUCAACCAAAUGCAAUACGUCAUCAAGAGUUAUCAUCACCAAAUACAAGAUUUCGUUCACCGCAUGGACAUCCAUCAGUAUCAAGUAUUGGUACAACAAUAUCAAGUACUACUGGUCUACCAAUUGAUCGUAUGCCAUCACCCUCACCAUCCGUACUUAGUGAACGUGAACGUGAAGAAAAUGAACGUGUUGAACGUGAAUUAGAAUUGAAACGUAAACGUCUUCAAGUCUAUGUAUUCGUUUGUCGUUGUGUUGCAUGUCCAUUUAAUUCAAAACAAUCGUCAGAUAUGGCAAGAAAACAUUUAAAAGUAACUCUUGUUCAAUAUGGUGUUAUCAAAGAAAGAUUUUUAGCAUUUCUCAAUGGUAAAACUCAUAUUGAAGCAGACGAAGCUUUUAUAAAUGCUGUUCGUUCAUAUUAUGAAGUAUUUCUUAAAAGUGAACGUAUUGGUAAAAUGGUCCAAUCCGGUGGUUGUUGUUCGGAUGAUUUUCGUGAUGUAUUUCGUAUAAAUAUUGAAAAACGUGUACGAAGUUUACCUGAUAUUGAUUCACUCAAAAUAAGCAAAGAUACGGUGCUCACUUUAUGGAUGUCUAAAUAUGAUGCUAUUUAUCGUGGUCAAGAUCAAGAUCAAGAGAAUCCUAAUCGUCGUUUAUCAAAAUCAAAUUAUAUGUCAACAUCAGCUGAAUUAAUUAUGAGUAAAGAACAAUUAUAUGAUAUGUUUCAAAAUGUAUUAAGUAUAAAAAAAUUUGAACAUCAGAUGAUUUUCAAUAGUGCUCAACUUGAUAAUAAUGAUGAACAAGCUGCUACUAUUCGUCGUGAACUUGAUGGUCGAAUGAAACAAGCUGAAUCAUUACAAAGACAACGGGGUUUAAUGCCAAAAUUUGUACAUAAAGAAAUGGAUACAUUAUAUGUUGAUGAAUUAAAAAAGCUUAUAAAUGAUUUAAUGAGUAAUCUUGAAAGUUUACCAGUACGUGGUGGUUCAGAACAAAAACUCUUAAGUAGAAAACGUGGGCCAGCACAUGGACGUCUUGCAAAUACUGGUAGUAAUUCAUCAUCUGGUUUGAAUUCAUCAAAUAAAUCUACUCAUAAUGAUGGUAAUAAUCAUGCUGACGAUAAUGAACCAGGUCUAUCUAAAUUAGCAUUUGUAUUAAAUUUUAAUGUGAAUAUAACUGUAAAAGAAGUACGUGGAUUAAAAUCAGUUCCAACAAAUCGUAUUGUUUAUUGUACGAUGGAAGUUGAUGGCGGUGAAAAAUAUCGUACUGAACAUGCAGAAGCUGGAAAACCUAUUUGGGAAUCUCUUGCAGAAUUUCCAACGAAUCAAAUUUUACCAAUUGUUAAAGUAAAACUUUAUAUGGAAAAACCUGGUAUACUUAGUUUAGAUGAUAAUAAACUUGGAAAAGUAACAUUACAAAUUGAUCCAACAUUUAAUAAAACAAAUUGGUGGACAGAUAUGAUUAAAGAUAAAAGUGCAUCUACUGAUGAAUUAAAAGUGAAAUUAGAUGUACGAAUGGAAAAACCACAAAAUCUUAAAAUGUGUGGUUGGUGCUAUGCUCGUGGUAAAAAUGUUUGGGAAAAAUGGAAACGUCGAUACUAUGCAUUGGUUCAGGUUUCUCAAUAUUGGUUUGCUAUAUGUAGCUAUCGUGAAAAAAAAUCUGAACCUACUGACACCAUGCCACUUGAAGGUUAUACCGUUGAUUAUGCUGAACCAGAUAAUGGUUUAGUUAUGAAUGAUGCAAAAUAUUUUUUUAAAGCUGUACGUGAAGGUGAUGUUGUUACAUUUGCAACAAAUGAAGAAAAUGAAAGACAUAGUUGGGUACAAGCAUUAUAUCGUGCUACUGGUCAAUCACAUAAACCAACACCGCCAGUAACAAUAACUAAUAAAUCAUCACAAGGUGCUUCUGGAUCAGGCCAAAGAGAUCCAGCUGAUUCGGAUCGAUCAAAAAAACUUGGUUUCGAUGAAUAUAUUCAAAGUGAUCCAUGUAAAUUUGAUCAUCAUGAUCUUUUUAGAACAUUACAAUCAGUAACACUUGAUUAUCGUUUACGAGAUCCAUAUUGUUCUUUGGGCUGGCUAAGUCCUGGACAAAGUUAUGUACUUGAAGAAUAUUGUUCUCGAUAUGGUGUUCGUGGUUGUGUCCGACAUUUAUAUUAUUUGAAUGAUUUACUUGACCGAGCUGAACAAGGAUUUAUGAUUGAUCCACAAUUAAUUCAUUAUAGUUAUGUAUUUUGUAAUUCACAUGUCUCAGGAAAUCGACCUGAUAAUAAUGUAUCGACAAUAACUAUGGAAGAAAAAGAUCGUUUUAAUGAAAUAAAAGAACGAUUAAAAUUAUUUCUUGAACAUCAAGUAACCAAUUUUAGAUAUGCAUUUCCAUUUGGUCGACCCGAAGGUGCAUUAAAAGCAACAUUAAGUUUAUUAGAACGUGUUUCAUGUAAAGAUAUGGCUACACCAAUAUCUCGUGAUGAUAUACGAAAUUUUAUUGGUAAAUGCCUUGAAAAUGCUGCAUAUAUUAAUUAUACACGUGUAUCUGAUCAAGCUAAAAUUGAAGAAACAGUUUAUAACAGUGAUGAUUCACCAAGAAAAAAAAUCGAUGAUUUAAUACAUUUAGCAGAAUUAUGUAUUGAAUUAUUACAACAAGAUGCUGAACAUUAUCAAGAAGCUUUUCAACAAUAUAAUGAUUUAUUAAUUGAACAUGAAGAAAUUUUUUGGUCUUUAUUUGUUGUUGAUAUGGAACAUGUUAUUGAUCAACAACCAAUUGAAAGUUGGGAUUCAUUUCCGUUAUUUCAAUUAUUAAAUGAUUAUCUUCGUGUACAUGAAUCAUUAUCACAAGGUCGAUUUCAUCAACAAUUACGUGAUACAUUUGCUCCAUUAGUUGUUCGUUAUGUAGAUUUAAUGGAAUCAUGUAUAGCACAAUCCAUACAUAAAGGUUUUGAGAAAGAAAAUUGGAAAUUAAAAACUCGUGGAUGUGCAACAAGUGAAGAUAUUCUAUGGAAACUUGAUGCUUUACAAAAUUUUAUUCGUGAUUUACAUUGGCCGGAUGAAAUAUUUGGUGAACAUUUAGAAAAACGACUUAAACAAAUGGCGUCAGAUAUGAUAGAAGCAUGUGGAAAAAGAGUAUGGCGUCAUUUUGAAGCAUGGAUGAAAAAAGGUGGAUUAAUUGGUGGUACUAGUUGUGAUUAUCUUCUCCCAUCUGAAUGUUGUGUUAUGGUUAAUGUUAUACUUGAUUGUAAAGUUCAAGCUUUAAAAUUAUGUGCAUUAAAUAGUGGUGAUCUUCAUCAAUAUCAUACACGUAUUGAUGAAUAUUUAGAAAAAAUUUUAAAAGAUAUGUCAAAAGUAUUAAUACAAAAAUUAGUUAGUGUACUUGAUUCAGUAUUAAAAAAAUUAUCACGUUAUGAUGAAGGAUCAUUUUUUGCUCAAAUUCUUUCAUUAGCAAAACCAAUUAAUGAAGAUGGUCAAGCAUAUGUAUCAUGUGUAAAUACAAAUUUAGAACAAUUACGACAAAAAAUCAGUGAUGAAAUAUUUACAUUGAAUAUAUUUGAGGAAUGGUAUAGACAACAAACACAAUAUAUUUUUAUGUGGCUAGGAGAAAGAACAGAAAUUAGUCUUCAUCCAUAUCAAUUAGCUUGUUUAAUGCUGAUAGUUAAAAAAACUCGUGGAAGUUUUGAAUUACAAGGUGUACAAGAAAAAGAUCUUAAUUCACAAUUAUAUAGUAGUAUCAUGCAAAGAUUACACUUUGAAGAAACAGCCAAUGCUGUGAAAUAA